AUUCAGUGGUUCGACCCGUUCACAUAUUGCCCUCGGAGCAUAGUUUGGGCGAGAUCCAUCCAGUGUGUGCAUAUCAUCGUGAUGACGUUCACGGUGGUGAACUUUGUCGCUGUAGACUUGUACAUCACCGGUCACUACAGAAAAAUAACUCCUCACGGAUUGAUGUGGGAUGUUGGAUUUGGCACUGAAUCCCUUUUGAACAUCGCUGUGGGAAUCUAUGCAACCGUUAACCUAGGCAAGUUGUCCUGCUGUCCUGCGGUCGAGAUUACCUACGGUCCAGAUCCCCCAGCAAAGACCAAGCUUCAAGUACUCAAGGUCUUCGGAAUAUGGUACGGCAUGACUACCGUACUUUGUUACCUCGCCAGCAUACGGGUGUCCUACUACGUUUCUGGAAACAUACCUCUGCAGCACCAUGAUGGAAACGGGCAGAGCAUAGACGACAAAGUUUAUCGGAAACAACUCCAGCGUCUGCUGACCCUCAUAUACACAGCCUACUUUAUUGCAAAGAGUGUCUUGUUGAUGGUCGUCUACGACUUCUAUAUGCACGGGGACAUCACAGGACAAUCUCCUCCCACGAUUUACAAUGCAGCACCUCCUAAGCGUGUCGUGCAACAAGCAAUUUUGGUUCAACGUGUGCCGGAUCAACCACGAGCUGUGCAAUCGCAGCCGCAAGCACCACAAACCGGCGAAAAUGCUGGCGAAAUGGCUCCAACAAAUGUGGCACAGGGUGGCACUUGAGCUUUAUUCGCAUAUGCGUUAAAUUUACGUAUAAAUUUAUAUGGUACCCAUUAAGC